AUGAUUCACAGUCUUGAUCGGCUUCAUGAUCGGCCUGUUCUCUGCAUUGUCUUCAAUCCUGUCCUACAGGUCGUCGUCUCAGCUGAUCCUUCGGGUAUGCUGGAGUGUUGGGGGGGCCCGCGACACAACUACGAGCUCCCGACUGGCUGCUUUCGCUGGAAGUAUAAAUCAGAUUCUGAUCUCUACUGCCUUUUCGCUUUAAAAACCCAUGCAGUCUCACUAGCGGUAUCCCCCAAUGGAAAGCUAUUGGCCUGUUUAUGUGAGGAUAGAAAGGUGCGAGUUUUGCGGUUUGUAACGAUGAAACUGAUGGUCGUCUAUGACGAAAGCUUACAGCAAUACUCUGAAAUGCAAUCGAAUAAGCAAAUUCUUCCUUCCAUGGAAUUUGGUCGUCGCCUUGCCCAGGAAAAGGAGCUGGAUCGUCUAGACGCCAAGUACCUUGUAAAUCUUGGUAAGUGCCACUUAUCUACUUGGCUCCAUGCCUACACUUUUUUGCGCUUUUUUAUAGAGAGAUGGAGCAAUAUGUGUACUCGUGAAUAG